GGCCGGUGACGCGACAAAGGAGCCGGGCGGGGCCUGUGCCGGGGAAGCGCUGGUCCAAGCCGGUACCUGAGCCGCCCCCUCUUAUUUAUUUUCCCUCCUCGAGGCGCUCGCCUUCUUUUCCCCCGCCUGCUCGCUCGGUCGCCCGCCGCCUUGGAGGUGUGCUGUGGCGGACCCGGCGGGCAGGCUGGCUGGGUCACGGGGGAGGCGGCUGAAGCAGGAAUCAUCAAGCUCCAGAAGAAGAUACCUCUGAUCAGCCUUUAACAGAAUGAAGACAAUUGUGAAGAUGGCAUGCCUAAGGAAUUUUAAAAGGUGUAGGCCACCUGAUUGAAGAUGGUGGUUCUGUAUUUUAUCCUGUUCUGUUUAUUAAAUUACCACUGUUCAUAAGCAAGUCAUGAUUACAUUAACUGAACUCAAAUGUUUAGCAGAUGCCCAGUCAUCCUACCACAUCCUGAAACCAUGGUGGGAUGUCUUCUGCUAUUACCUCACCAUGAUAAUGCUGCUUGUUGCUGUCCUUGCUGGGGCUCUCCAGCUCACUCAAACUAGGUUGUUAUGCUGUCUUCCUUGCAAGCUUGAGUUUGACAAUCGUUGUGCAGUGCCUUGGGAUGUGGUUAAAAGCAACCUUAAUGUAUCAUCCAGCUCUGCAUCAUCCUUAAUUCGCCCCCUUAGGAUCCAGAAUUAUCUUCAUCGGCAGCAGUAUUCUUACAUUGAUGCUGUGUGUUAUGAGAGAGUGCUUCACUGGUUUGCCAAAUUUUUCCCAUAUUUAGUGCUUCUCCACACUUUCAUUUUUGCAGCUUGCAGCAAUUUUUGGCUUUACUAUCCCAGCACAAGUUCAAGGCUAGAGCAUUUUGUAGCCAUACUUCACAAAUGUUUUGAUUCUCCCUGGACAACACGUGCCCUAUCAGAAACUGUUGCUGAACAAUCUGUGAGGACUCUAUCAUUCUCCAAAUCAAAAACUUUUCUCUCCUCCCCAAGCAAUUUAACAGAAUUGGAGAGCAAGCGGCAAUCUCUGUCCUAUUCACAGACUGGACUAGAAACAGCUGGGAGAGAGAACUCUUCAAAUGUUCUAGACAGAAAAGAAGGAGAGCAAGCAAAAUCAAUAUUUGAAAAAGUGAAAAGGUUCAGGGUACAUGUUGAAGAGAAGGAUGUCAUAUAUCGAGUGUACCUACAGCAGAUUGUAGUCAAGGUCAUUGUAUUUAUAUUAAUAAUGAUUUAUGUUCCCUAUUAUUUAAGCUUUAUUACACUUGAAAUUGACUGUAGAGUUGAUAUUCAAGUAUUUACAGGCUACAAGCGAUACCAGUGUGUUUAUUCAUUAGCAGAAAUUUUUAAAGUGCUAGCAUCAUUUUAUGUGAUCUUGGUGAUCUUGUAUGGCCUAACCUGCACCUACAGUUUGUUAUGGAUGCUGAGAAGUUCACUCAAACAAUAUUCCUUUGAGAAGCUGAGGGAGCAAAGUAAUUACAGUGAUAUCCCUGAUGUAAAAAAUGAUUUUGCCUUCAUACUUCACCUGGCAGACCAGUAUGAUCCUCUGUAUGCAAAGCGGUUCUCAAUAUUUCUCUCGGAGGUGAGUGAAAACAAGUUGAAGCAGAUCAGCCUAAACAAUGAGUGGUCUUUAGAGAGACUGAAAAGCAAACUGAUACGAAAUCCCCAGGACAAGAUUGAGCUUCAUCUUUUUAUGCUUAGUGGUCUUCCUGAUGAUGUCUUUGAACUGACAGAGAUAGAAGUUCUAAGCCUAGAACUUAUUCCUGAAGUUAAGCUUCCUCCAUCUGUAAAUCAACUACCCAAUCUCAAGGAACUGAACAUUUAUCAUUCAUCAUUAACUGUUGAGUUCCCUGCACUGCACUUCCUAGAAGAGAAUCUGAAAAUCCUUCGUUUGAAGUCUGCUGACCUGGGAAAGAUUCCAUGGUGGGUCUUUUAUCUAAGAAACCUACAGGAAUUGUAUUUGACUGGAUGUUACGUGCUAGAACCACAGAAUCCCCUCUACAACGAGGGCUUUCAGGAUCUUGUGAACCUGAAAACAAUUCACUUAAAGAAUAACCUUUCCCGCAUACCUCAGGUGGUUACAGACCAGUUGCCUUCACUACAAAAGUUAACUAUUGACAAUGAGGGGAAAAAACUGCUAGUGUUGACCAACUUGAAGAAACUGCUAAACCUGAGAACGCUGGAAUUGAUCAGCUGUGACUUGGAACGCAUUCCACAUUCUAUCUUCAGCCUGAACCAUUUGCAUGAAAUAGACUUAAAAGAAAAUAAUCUCCGAACAGUAGAGGAAAUUAUUAGCUUUCAACACCUUGAGAACCUUUCUUGCCUGAAAUUGUGGCACAACAACAUCUCCUACAUCCCAGUGCAGGUUGGAACCUUAGCAAAUUUGGAGCAACUCUAUUUAAACCACAACAACAUUAAAAAAAUCCCACCACAGCUUUUUCUUUGCACAAAGCUACAUUAUUUGGAUCUUAGUUAUAACAAGCUAACCUCUGUUCCCAACGAAAUCCAGUAUUUAACAAACCUGCAGUACUUCGCUGUGACAAAGAACCAUAUUGAGGCACUUCCAGAUGAAUUAUUUCAGUGCCGAAAACUGCAGUAUCUCCUUCUGGGACAUAACAGCCUGAUGCAUCUGUCCCCUCGUGUUGGUGAACUCUCAAAUCUUGUUCAGCUGGAACUCAAAGGAAACUAUCUGGAGUCACUUCCCUCUGAAUUAGAAGAAUGUAAUUUUCUGAAGCGGAGUUGUCUAAUUGUAGAAGAAUGUUUGUUAAAAACACUUCCCGUUUGUGUGGCAGAGCAUGUUCAAACAUGCCUGGAUAAAGCCUGUAUUUGAAAGAGAGGCUGUUUAUGUACAAGCAAGUGUUUUAUUUCCAAAGUCACAACUCUGAUAAUGGCAAGAAGGGAAGUUCCGGAACUUGUGGUUUAUGCUUCAAGUCUGCAGCUAUAUGCAUUGGCCCAAAUCUCUAUUGAUAAGAAAUUCACUUUUAGGUCUUAAGCAAAAAUGCAGACUUGGCAAUUACACUCGUGCAUUUCAUGACUCAUUUUAAAAGGCCUAAAAUUAAGUGGAUAGAGUGUACAUGGCUUUCGAGUGUAGGGGUAGAAGACUAUCCUUCUUCUGAGUCUAGUGACAGUAAUAUUUUCAUGGCAUUUUUCUUGAGUGUGGUAGUUCUUAAAUACUAUCCUGUGAGGACCAACAAAUAUGCAGGUUGGCUUUUUACAUGUGUUCGCCAUUGGGUGUGUGUGUGUGUGUGUGCUGUUACUGCAGGCCUGCUCAACUUAGGCCCCCCCAGCUGUUUUUGGACUACAACCCCCAUAAUCCCCUCCAUAGUGGCCAAUAGCCAGGGAUUACGGGAGUUGUAGGCCAACAUCUGCAAGAGGGCCAAAGUUGAGCAGGCAUGGCAUCCUGUAUAAAACACCACUAUUUAAUGCACUAGAAGAUUAAUUUACUGCAUACAUUUAGAGUACAAGUUAUUGGACAAGAGAUAGUACUUAUAACAAGUAGAACAACUCGCCAGAAGCUUCUUCGACAUGAGUUGAAAUUCCACUGAGAAGUACCUGGUGGAGUGUGUCCAAAAUAUUCCACUAUGCUUUAUUUUACAUUGCUCUAAAAUAGUGACAGAGAAUCAAUUUUGUAUGAUGAUAGGAUAAGUAGAGUACAGAUGGACCUGGUGUAAAAGUGAAAUCAAUCUGGAGAACUAUGCAAGUAGUUUUUAACAUGACAAAUGUCACUUUUUUAAUGCUUUGUUUGCAUAUGCUUGCCUACACAAAUAUCACUUUCUAGUGUUUGCUUGUGAUCUUGAGACUGCAAUGGAACGAGUAUAUGUGUAAAGGGUCCUAUAUUCAUACUUUAUUUUCAAUACCUGGCUAUUUGGAGGUGGGGAUGGGAAUGAAUUCUUGCCCCUCGCCAGUUGUGAUACUAAUUAACUCAUGGAGGUUUACAAGAUUUACAUUAAGAUGUAAGUAGGAAGGAAAACUUCAGUUUAAGCACUUAUGGAUUGUGUGGACUAUUUUUACAAAAAUAGUCCACCGGUUUUCAAGGUUACAAGCUGGAGUUGGAUAACCGUAUAAACUUGUCUCAUUCUCAUUAGCACACAUGCUUUGGAAAACUGUCCUAAGUUGAAGAGAGUUCCUAUUACCACACCACUCUUUACAUAACAGUCAUUAAAGUAGCUGGAAGACUUUUUGUGCAAAUAUAGUAUUUAUUUAUACCUACUUCAAUGUUGCUCUCCUGUGACAUCAUCUCCAUUGUGUUUUGCCUCCUGAUAUAGAUAUGCAUAAAGUGUAAUAAGUUGCUAGCAUGCAUUCAGAGAAAGUAUACCUUUACACUUCUGUGUGAUGUAUUCAAGUGUUCCACUAACUUUAUUUUAUGUCUGUUUUGUGAGUCGGGUUGAGUGAGACACUAGAAAUAUGUACAUUUUGUAAUAAUUUUCUAUUGUUUGGGGUUUUUUUUUUACUUAAGCAACUGAAUUUUGUGACAUCACUAAUAUAGUGAACGGUUGUGAAAGAAACCAGUAUCUCACCAUAUUGAUGUUGGUCCACCACAAUAAUUGCAUUCCAAAGACCUUUUUCGAUAGUUCUCAGGGAACAGAAAAUGUGUGUGUGCUUUCAUGGAUUUGAUGCAUCUCUUAAGCAUCCCAGUUUUUUUAAAGGUACAUAUAUUAUUUUUAGGGUACAGUCACAUCUACAUGCUAAGCAAUAUCCUAGAUGUCCACCUUUCUGUUAAGCUUCUGUGAGCUUAAUUUAUAGGCUGUCAUUGAGAGACUUGUCCACAUGUUUCCUAAUGCUCCUCAGUUUAGCACAGUGAGAGUCAUGGAGCUAUUUUCAUGUCUUGGAAAAAGGGUAAACCUAGAACAACAUGGUGAUCAAGAGCGUAGCUGGUUAGUAACGUUCUGCUCUUGAUAUAUUAGCAUCAGGGAACAGUCCCUGAUCUGAUCAGCUUCUUGGCUUCCAUACUUCCAUGUCUGCACAUUCAAAUUAGCUGCAGUGUCCUCCAGUUUUGCCCCUUUAUUGCCCUUUACCGACAUUGCUUUCACCCUCUGACUUGUGCCUGUAUACAGUCUUCUCACAAACAGAUGGCAUUCAUCUUGGUAUAAAGUGUCACCAGACCAUAACAGCUUGUAUCACUUUGGCCAGAACUGUGUGAAUAAUUAUACCACAUGCACACAAUGUAUCAAGGCUUCUAGAAUUUUAACUUGCUUUGCAUUUAAGAAAUGCAUGGACACCUUGAUUUUUAGAGACUGUCAGUUGGUUUUUUAAAGUAGGUCUUAAAGGGUGUGGUGGGGGGAGGAUGACAUCUGCAAUGUAGUACAUACGCAUACAGGUUACUUUGUGAUGUUGUUCACACGUGCACUGAAAAACGGGCUAAGAAAGCCCAGCCCAGUUUUUGGCGCACAUGUGUACUGCCGGGAGCUAUGUGGCUUGUGCCAGUAAGCCUGCUUAUAGAGCCCGCUGCUUAUCCCAGGUUUUGGGUGCAAUGGAACCCAAAAAGCGGGCUAAAUGUUCAUGUGUGGGUGCCAUGUGGCUUUGCGAGGCAUCUACACACAAGUAGCAUCCCAACUGGAGUAGGGAGGCUCCCCAUAAUGCACACGCACUUGUGUGGUGCCUUAUGGAAGCUUUGGGUGCCUCCCGGCCCGCAAACCUCCCUGCUUCCUCCCUGCUACUGGCAGAAGCCAGAAGUCAUCUGGGCAGCUGAUCUAGCUGCCUAGCAACAUGGAUGGGGUCGUCUGUAGGGGAGGUAAGCUUUUCACGGCUUCCUCUCCUCGACCCGUCUGAGCCCAUUCUCCAGUCAUGAGAAUGGGCUCUGCAUCUAGCUUCUUCACUUUUAAUAAAUGUAACUUUCCAUUUGGUUAACCAUUUUAGCAGUGCAUUCACUUGACGUGGCAAUGGCUUUGAUCUUUUGAGCAUGCCCUCCUUCUAGAGUGUUUAUCCUCUAAGUUUUUGAAAUGCAUAGUAUUAAAAAAUAGGCUUCUCCGCUGCAUUUUUUAAAGAUCUGUGGGAAGAGGCAAGCACUUCUAAAAAUGACAGGAAUAAAAUCUAUUUUUAAAAAAUGAGAAUCUCUUUUUAAAAGGCUGUAGCCAUUAUCCAAGCAUAUGAGUGCAUGAUAACUUGCUUGAUCAUUCCCCAGCUCAGAAUUGGAUAUCUUGAAUAUAACUAUUCCUCCUUUUAAAAUGGGACAUAAGCAAGUUGCCAUUUUAAAUCUCAACGUUGCAAAUAUUCUCAAUGAAAGGCAAGAAGUCUAAAGGCUGGCAUUUCUGGCCUUAAUGCAUGCCACAUUGUGCCUUUUUGAUUUCCUUUCUAUAUCCUGACCUCAUCCUUCUCAUGGCAGAGCUGAAUCGUAAGUAUUUUUGAAAAAUUUUGUUUUCCACUUUCACAUGUACUAUUUUGUACUGGAAUAAGAACUUCAGCAAAGUUGCUAAACCCACUUUCAUGAUUAUAGGACAAGCAUGGUAACCUCAAACCAUAUUUGUAUAUAGCACUUAUUUUAUACACAACGGCUUUGUUCAGUACUGUAAUGCUAUUGGGUUUUUUGGGGGAGUGUUUAAAUGUGGUCUCGCAUAUAUUGAUAAUUUUUGUUGAAAAUAUUUGAAUAAAACUCUAUUAACUUG